AUGUCAAAUAGGAUUGCCUCAACACCAGGAGAUGGGCAGUUUGAGAGCAAAUGGAUGUUUCUACUCUAUACGGAACUAGUUAAAGCAGCGAUUUACAUAGCCAUUCAAGAGAACAUAAAAGCAAGUCAAGGCAUCAUGAAUAGACUAAUUUUGUUAAAUGCUUUGAUUCAUCCAAUCCAAAAUAAGAAAUCGACUGAGAAUGACAGAAACGCACCGAAAUUUGAUGGAUCGGAAUUCCCGUCGGAGCACGAUCAUCGAAAUGAAUUUAUCUCGGUGUUGAAAAAACCUUCGCUCUUGAGUAGAAGAGAGGCGGGAUCAAUUGACAGUUGCACGAAUUAGGAUGGAAGUCUUUGAGAUUCUGUAUUUUAUAAUGUUUAUUUCAAUAAUAAACUUCUUCAUUUUUUACAAUUUAAUUUGAAGUAAUUCAUUUUAACA